AUGGAACACCUGAUCGACCUUCAAUUGCCGCGGCUCUCCAACGGCGUCGAGAUGCUCGCGCUCGAGGGCGGCGCCGAGGGCUACACGAGCCUGAGGGACCUCCUGCCGACGUCCCCGGCGUCUGUGGCGUCGCCGUCGGGAGGAGGAAGCUGGAAGGAGAUCCCGUUCAGGGACCCGCUGCUGCAGCACGCGGCGUGGGCGUACCUGCAGCCGAUAGCGGAGGCACGCGGGGGUGACGGGCGGCGGCCUUGGUGGUGGCUGAGGGGGGACUGCGGCGGGGUUUUAGGGUGCCUGAGCGGCGUCGUUUUGGUGGUGGUCAAGGGUCUGUUUGGCCGGAGACCUGAGAGUGCAGAAGAAGACAAAGCGGCGUUUUUUAUUUGA